GGCCUUCUGCAGUGGUCCUAAGGCCAUGAAUGUGGGAAGAAUCGUGUUUGGCUGAUAAGAAGCUGGUCUUCGGAGAUUAGAUGCUGACUCUUUUAUCUUCCAAGUAUCCUCUUCAAAUGCUUCUCGCUCCACUUUCUCUUCGCGGGUCCUUCCCAUAUUCCUUGUUCUAUCACUUCCCGCGUGCAUUCAAACGCCAAAGCACUGUGAAACCCGCUACAACGUUUCAUAAGGUAAUCCCACUUUGCAAUUCUUUUAUGCAAAACCAUGUUUUGCUCGGAAUAAAUUUAGCUGGUUUUAGUAACACCGCCGUAUCCCAUGCGUUCGACGAAUUUCCAGUCCAAGAAAAUGAAGAAAAUUCAAAGGUAUUUGAUUUCCUCCAUAUCAUGGAAGAGCGUGGGAUUCGUGCGAAUUUUCAGACCUAUCUAUGGCUUUUAGAAGGGUGUUUGAAUUCUGGGUCUUUAGGAUGUGGGCAGAAGCUGCACGGAAAGAUUUUGAAGUUGGGUUUUGAUUCGGAACAUGUUUUGUGUGACCGAACUAUCGAUAUCUAUAUUGCGGGCGGUGAUUUAGAUGGCGCGAUUAAGGUUUUUGAUGAUAUGCAUGAUAGAAGUUUAUCUUCCUGGAAUAAAAUAAUUAAUGGGCUUGUGGGGGACAAGUGGACGGGUCGGGUAUUAGGUCUCUUUUGCCGAAUGAUAGCUGAGAAUGUGAAUCCAAAUGAAACAACAUUUGCUGGAGUUUUAAAGGCGUGCCGUGGUGGUAAUGUUGCUUUCCAGUAUGUGCAGCAGAUUCAUGCUAGGAUUAUUUAUCAUGGUUUCGGUGCUAGUACACUUGUAUGUAACUCGCUGAUUGAUUUGUAUUCGAAAAAUGGCUUCAUAGAUUGUGCUAAAAAGAUGUUUGAUAGAUUAUAUUUGAAGGAUAGUGUUUCUUGGGUGGCGAUGAUGACAGGUUUUUCUCAGAAUGGACAUGAAGUAGAAUCUAUUCUCCUAUUUUGCCAGAUGCAUACAUCAGGAAUUGCUCCUACUCCUUAUAUGUUUUCAAACGUUCUAAGUGCCUGCACCAAGAUAGAGUUGUUUGAUGUAGGAGAGCAGCUUCAUGGCCUUGUUUUUAAGGGGGGGUUUUCUUCUGAGAUGUACGUGUGCAAUGCUCUUGUGACAUUGUAUUCCCGCUCAGGAAACUUGAUAUCUGCUGAACACAUUUUCAGCACAAUGCGAUACAGGGACAGGGUUUCAUAUAAUACCCUCAUCUCAGGGCUAGCUCAGUGUGGAUUUUGUGAUAGAGCUCUAGAAUUGUUUAAGAAAAUGCAGUUUGAUUGCUUGAAACCAGAUUGUGUUACAGUUGCAAGUUUGUUGAGUGCCAGUGCAUCUGUUAGAGCUCUCCAUACAGGGAGGCAACUCCACUCAUAUGCAAUAAAAUCUGGAAUGUCUUCAGAUAUUAUUCUUGAAGGUGCUCUGCUGGAUCUUUAUGUGAAAUGCUCAGAUAUAGAUACUGCCCAUGAAUUUUUCCUUACGACAGAGAGUGAAAAUGUGGUCCUAUGGAAUGUUAUGUUAGUUGCUUAUGGGCAGUUAGGUAAUCUGAGUGAUUCGUUUGAGAUAUUUAGACAGAUGCAGAUUGAAGGCAUGAUACCCAAUCAAUUCACUUAUCCAAGUAUACUGAGAACCUGUACCUCUUCUGGAGCUCUUGAUCUAGGAGAGCAGAUUCAUGCUCAAGUCAUGAAGACUAGCUUUCAUCUCAAUGUGUACGUCUCCUGUGUGCUCAUAGAUAUGUAUGCUAAGCUUGGAAAACUUGAUACUGCCCUGCAAAUUCUCAGAAGAUUAACUGAGGAAGAUGUUGUCUCUUGGACUGCUAUGAUUGCAGGCUAUGCACAACAUGAUAUGUUUGCCGAAGCUCUUAAACUUUUUGAAGAAAUGCAGAAUCGAGGGAUCCGAUCUGAUAAUAUAGGAUUUUCAAGUGCAAUUAGUGCAUGUGUUGGUAUUCAAGCACUCAAUCAAGGACGACAAAUCCACGCUCAAUCGUGUGUCUCUGGUUACUCGGAUGAUCUUUCAAUCAGCAAUGCACUUGUUAGUCUUUAUGCUAGAUGUGGUAGAAUAGAAGAAGCAUACUUUGCAUUUGAGAAAAUUGAUGAUAAAGAUAACAUAUCAUGGAAUGCAUUGAUAUCAGGGUUUGCACAAAGUGGGUACUGUGAGGAAGCACUGCAGGUAUUUGCUCAAAUGAACAAGGCUGGAGUAGAAGUUAAUCUAUUCACAUUUGGCUCUACAGUUAGUGCAGCUGCCAAUCUAGCAAAUACUAAACAAGGGAAGCAGAUCCAUGCUAUGAUUCUAAAAACUGGGUAUGAUUCAGAAACUGAGGUUUCUAAUGCUUUAAUCACAUUGUAUGCCAAGUGUGGUAGUAUGGAUGACGCCAAGAGAGAGUUUUAUGCAAUGGUUGAAAAAAAUGAGGUCUCGUGGAAUGCCUUGAUUACAGGCUAUUCUCAACAUGGAUGUGCUAUUGAAGCAAUACAUCUUUUCGAGGAGAUGAAGAGGCUUGGUAUGAUGCCUAACCAUGUUACCUUUGUGGGAGUUUUGUCAGCCUGUAGCCAUGUGGGUAUGGUGAACGAGGGGCUUGGCUACUUUGAAUCCAUGAGCAAAGAGUAUGGCUUAGUGCCUAAACCUGAGCAUUACGUUUGUGUUGUGGAUCUUCUUGGCCGGGCUGGGUUUUUGAGCCGUGCAAGAAAAUUCGUGGAGGAUAUGCCAAUUAAACCUGAUGCAAUGAUUUGGAGGACCCUCUUGAGUGCUUGUAUAGUUCAUAAGAGCAUGGAAAUUGGAGAGUUUGCUGCCCGUCAUCUUCUAGAAUUAGAGCCUGAAGAUUCAGCCACUUAUGUUCUCUUAUCGAAUAUAUAUGCCAUCUCUGGGAAAUGGGACAGUAGGGAUAGGACAAGGCAAAUGAUGAAAGACAGGGGUGUGAAGAAAGAGCCCGGCCGUAGCUGGAUUGAAGUUAAGAACUCAGUUCAUGCAUUCUUUGUUGGUGACCGUCUCCAUCCACUAGCAGAUAAAGUAUAUGAAUACUUAGGAGAUUUGAAUAAACAGGCAGCUGAAAUUGGUUAUGUGCAGGACCGCUAUACCCUUUUGAACAACGUGGAGCAAGGGCGGAAGGAUCCAACAGUACAUAUUCAUAGUGAGAAAUUGGCAAUUGCUUUUGGACUCCUUAGCUUGUCAAAUAUGAUUCCCAUACGUGUGUUUAAGAAUCUUCGUGUCUGUAAUGAUUGCCAUAAUUGGAUUAAGUAUGUGUCAAAGAUUUCAAAUCGAGCUAUUGUCGUAAGGGAUGCAUACCGAUUUCAUCAUUUUGAAGGUGGUAUAUGUUCAUGUAGAGAUUACUGGUAAGUAUGACUGAAUAAAGUUGAUCAAGAAAAUAGGAAAUUCGUUGGAUCGUGCCAAACACAUUAGAUGUCAGAGUAUGAUUGUACCCUCUACUCAGGUUUCCUUACUUGAAGACUGGUGAAUAAUCCAGCAGAUCUUGUUCGUGACACAAACUUAGUAUAUCAGUAGCUGAAGUUGGUGCUUUCAAGAUUUUUCAGAAAUUUGAAGGACUUGGCAUCGUUGAUGGUGACUCCAGGAGAUAUGGCAAGACUUCCCCUUUUUAUUUCCAGAGCUUUCUAAAGGUGAAUAAAACAGCAGAUCCUUUUGAUGACCUAUUUCUGUGCGAGCGUGUUCUAUUGAGCAUUAGUUAUUGGACAUCUGGACUAAAUCCAAAGUGCCUCUCCCAGCUUUUACAUAUAAGUACUAGAAAUUGGUGCAUUUUAAGAUUUUUUUUCUGCGAUUGGGGGUGUCUUUGCUGAUAGCAUUGGAGAUAUGGCGAGGGUUAGUCCUUCUUAUUUCCGGGUCUUUGAAAUGAACCAAUCUUUAAUUCAUCUCCUCACCUGAAGAGUGAAGACCUAAACUUGUCCAGAAUCAAUGGAUUUUCAAGCACCUAUUGAAGCCAAUAUUGAUGGAAAAGGGCAUGCCUAUUCUUAUCCCAGUUCUGUGUUUUUAGUGUUUUGUAGGUUACUAAAGGAAAAUUGCGGUUUUAAGGUGAAAAAUGCAGAGUUCGAAAAAAAGCUGGAAAAAGAGCCAUCUGAGGAAGUAGAAUCGAGCGCACAACCUUACGCUUGAGCCCAGCAGGGAUGCACUUGAGCACACCCGCUCCCAUUGACAAGCUAUCAGCUCGUGAACGCUGUGCCACAGAAGGAACAUCACAAGCACGAGUGCGAUCGAGCGUACUCGCCUGACAGCUAAACACCAGCGCCGUUUUCAGGGUUAAAAACCCUAGAAACCCCUAUAAAUAGAUUGCUAAGCCUCAAGAAAAGGGGGUUGAAGACCAAGUCCGAAAUUUCACACAUUUUCUCCCUUUUAGCUUAGUUUUUCUUUAGGUUUAGGAUUUAUUUUUCAUAGUUAUGUGUAGCUAAUUUCUCAACUAAAGUUAAGGAUGAAGCCUCACCGAUGAAGAACAACAAUAUUUCCAUGUAAAUUAAUAUU